GUGGUCAUCAAUGGCAUACCAAUUCCACACUACACCCACAACACAAAUUCACAAAAUCAAACCCUUUUCACAUCUCCCACCACUAAAAACCCAAUUCAAUCGCGAAAAACCCCACCAUGGGAGUCGUAGAACAAGCUCACAAUGUGAAGAUCUUAGGCUCCGGCGACCGGACGAUUGUUUUGGCUCACGGAUUCGGAACAGAUCAGUCGGUAUGGAAGCAUCUGGUUCCUCAUCUCGUUGAAGAUUACAAAGUUGUUCUGUAUGAUAACAUGGGGGCAGGAACAACAAACCCAGAAUACUUCGAUUUUGAUCGGUAUUCGAGUUUAGAAGGUUAUGCGUACGAUGUGAUCGGCAUUUUGGAGGAACUUAAAGUUUCUUCAUGUAUAUAUGUUGGUCACUCUGUAUCUGCCAUGAUUGGGGCUGUUGCUUCGAUUAGUCGUCCUGAUUUGUUCUCCAAACUCCUCAUGAUUUCAGCUUCUCCAAGGUAUCUGAAUGAUGUGGAUUACUUCGGAGGAUACGAACAAGAAGAUCUGGAUCAACUAUUCCAAGCAAUGGAGUCGAAUUUCAAGGCAUGGUGUUCUGGUUUUGCGCCAUUAGCAGUUGGUGCAGAUAUGGAGUGUGUUUCAGUUCAAGAAUUUAGUCGAACGCUUUUCAAUAUGAGACCUGAUAUUGCGUUAAGUGUUGCACAAACCAUUUUCCAAAGUGAUAUGCGACAUUUAUUGUGUCAUGUCAUAACCCCAUGUCAUAUAAUUCAGAGCAUGAAGGAUCUAGCAGUUCCUGUGGUUGUAUCUGAGUAUCUUCAUCAAAACCUUGGUGGUGAGUCUAUUGUUGAGGUUAUGUCGACUGAGGGUCAUCUCCCGCAGUUGAGCUCACCCGAUGUUGUAGUUCCGGUGAUCCUAAGGCAUAUUCGGGGUGAUAUUGUUGUGUAAUUAUGUUUAACUUGUUUGUUUGAUAUAUUAUGGUGGUGUGAAUUUUAACUUGUGGAUAAAAUGUUUUUUAUGGAUUUGGAAUAAUAUUGUAAUUGUGUGGGUGCA